GGGGGGGCCAAAUAAAAGCGAUGGCGAUUGGGCUGCCGCGUUUGGCGCUCGGUCCGGUCGCGUCGGACACCCGGUGGGACACAGAAGGCAGUGGAGCCCCGGCGGCGGCGGCGGCGCGCGAGAGCGACGCGCGGGAACGACGCGAGCCGGCGCGCGGGAAGAAGAAUAAUCAUGGGCCAGACUGGGAAGAAAUCUGAGAAGGGACCAGUUUGUUGGCGGAAGCGUGUAAAAUCAGAGUACAUGCGACUGAGACAGCUCAAGAGGUUCAGACGAGCUGAUGAAGUAAAGAGUAUGUUUAGUUCCAAUCGUCAGAAAAUUUUGGAAAGAACGGAAAUCUUAAACCAAGAAUGGAAACAGCGAAGGAUACAGCCUGUGCACAUCCUGACUUCUGUGAGCUCAUUGCGCGGGACUAGGGAGUGUUCGGUGACCAGUGACUUGGAUUUUCCAACACAAGUCAUCCCAUUAAAGACUCUGAAUGCAGUUGCUUCAGUACCCAUAAUGUAUUCUUGGUCUCCCCUACAGCAGAAUUUUAUGGUGGAAGAUGAAACUGUUUUACAUAACAUUCCUUAUAUGGGAGAUGAAGUGUUAGACCAGGAUGGUACUUUCAUUGAAGAACUAAUAAAAAAUUAUGAUGGAAAAGUACAUGGGGAUAGAGAAUGUGGGUUUAUAAAUGAUGAAAUUUUUGUGGAGUUGGUGAAUGCCCUUGGUCAAUAUAAUGAUGAUGACGAUGAUGAUGAUGGAGAUGAUCCUGAAGAUAGAGAAGAAAAGCAGAAAGAUCUGGAAGAUCACCGAGAUGAUAAAGAAAGUCGCCCACCUCGGAAAUUUCCUUCUGAUAAAAUUUUUGAAGCCAUUUCCUCAAUGUUUCCAGAUAAGGGCACAGCAGAAGAACUAAAGGAAAAAUAUAAAGAACUCACCGAACAGCAGCUCCCAGGUGCGCUUCCUCCUGAAUGUACCCCCAACAUAGAUGGACCAAAUGCUAAAUCUGUUCAGAGAGAGCAAAGCUUACACUCCUUUCAUACGCUUUUCUGUAGGCGAUGUUUUAAAUAUGACUGCUUCCUACAUCCUUUUCAUGCAACACCCAACACUUACAAGCGGAAGAACACAGAAACAGCUCUAGACAACAAACCUUGUGGACCACAGUGUUACCAGCAUUUGGAGGGAGCAAAAGAGUUUGCUGCUGCUCUCACCGCUGAGCGGAUAAAGACCCCACCAAAACGCCCAGGAGGCCGCAGAAGAGGACGGCUUCCCAAUAACAGUAGCAGGCCCAGCACCCCCACCAUUAAUGUGCUGGAAUCAAAGGAUACGGACAGUGAUAGGGAAGCAGGGACUGAAACAGGGGGAGAGAACAAUGAUAAAGAAGAAGAAGAGAAGAAAGACGAAACUUCGAGCUCCUCUGAAGCAAAUUCUCGGUGUCAAACACCAAUAAAGAUGAAGCCAAAUAUUGAGCCUCCUGAGAAUGUGGAGUGGAGUGGUGCUGAAGCCUCAAUGUUUAGAGUCCUCAUUGGCACUUACUAUGACAAUUUCUGUGCCAUUGCUAGGUUAAUUGGGACCAAAACAUGUAGACAGGUGUAUGAGUUUAGAGUCAAAGAAUCUAGCAUCAUAGCUCCAGCUCCCGCUGAGGAUGUGGACACUCCUCCAAGGAAAAAGAAGAGGAAACACAGGUUGUGGGCUGCACACUGCAGAAAAAUACAGCUGAAAAAGGACGGCUCCUCUAACCAUGUUUACAACUAUCAACCCUGUGAUCAUCCACGGCAGCCUUGUGACAGUUCGUGCCCUUGUGUGAUAGCACAAAAUUUUUGUGAAAAGUUUUGUCAAUGUAGUUCAGAGUGUCAAAACCGCUUUCCGGGAUGCCGCUGCAAAGCACAGUGCAACACCAAGCAGUGCCCAUGCUAUCUGGCGGUCCGAGAGUGUGACCCUGACCUCUGUCUUACUUGUGGAGCUGCUGACCAUUGGGACAGUAAAAAUGUGUCCUGUAAGAACUGCAGUAUUCAGCGGGGCUCCAAAAAGCAUUUAUUGCUGGCACCAUCUGAUGUGGCAGGCUGGGGGAUUUUUAUUAAAGAUCCUGUGCAGAAAAAUGAAUUCAUCUCAGAAUACUGUGGAGAGAUUAUUUCUCAAGAUGAAGCCGACAGAAGAGGGAAAGUGUAUGAUAAAUACAUGUGCAGCUUUCUGUUCAACUUGAACAAUGAUUUUGUGGUGGACGCAACCCGCAAGGGUAACAAAAUUCGUUUUGCAAAUCAUUCGGUAAAUCCAAACUGCUAUGCAAAAGUUAUGAUGGUUAACGGCGAUCACAGGAUAGGUAUUUUUGCCAAGAGAGCCAUCCAGACUGGUGAAGAGCUGUUUUUUGAUUACAGAUACAGUCAGGCUGAUGCCCUGAAGUAUGUCGGCAUCGAAAGAGAAAUGGAAAUCCCUUGACAUCUGCUACCUCCUCCCCUCUCCUCUGAAACAGCUGCCUUAGCUUCAGGAACCUCGAGUACUGUGGGCAAUUUAGAAAAAGAAAAUGCAGUUUGAAAUUCUGAAUUUGCAAAGUACUGUAAGAAUAAUUUAUAGUAAUGAGUUUAAAAAUCAACUUUUUAUUGCCUUCUCACCAGCUGCAAAGUGUUUUGUACCAGUGAAUUUUUGCAAUAAUGCAGUAUGGUACAUUUUUCAACUUUGAAUAAAGAAUACUUGAACUUGUC